AGGUCGGAGAUACUUUCCUUUGUUGUCAUUGUCCUAGGAUGGUCUGGGGGUGGUGCGGACAGUGUCAUUCCUGUCAGAAAUGUGGGAUUUUGCCGAGGAGUGUUACGUGGUGAUUGCAAGAGGAAUGCACGAAUCGAUAUUGCCCCAGGGCGCGUGAUCUUCUGUCGUGUUGCGUGCAGUGCUGUCGUGAUCGAGGCAUCAGGAACGCGACCUACCUAUACAAACCUGGAGACCUACCCACUUUCACGGAUGGCUAGUGUCUGUGUAUGUGUCUACUCUUGCUUCCUUUGAUAAAAAUAUUAGCCAACUAAGAUGGCAGACUUUGAUGAGAUCUAUGAAGCCUCGGAUGAACAGGUAGAUGGAUCAUCUGAUCUUGCAAGCACAAGCCUACUUCCAGAACCAGUAAUAAUCCGUGGUUCAGGGAACAUAACAGUAUUCGGCCUGAACAACCGCUUCUCGACCGAGUUUCCGUCGGCGCUGGCGGCCAAGGUGGCGCCGGAGGAGUACCGCGCCACUGUCCAGCGCAUCAACGGUGUGCUCAAGAAGACGAUGCCGGUCAGCGCCAAGUGGCUGUUCUGCGGCUGCCUGUGCUGCUGCUGCACUCUCGGCUGCUCGCUCUGGCCGGUCAUCUGCCUGAACAAGCGGACGAAGCACUCCCUGGAGAAGGCGCUAGAAUGGGAGAACACAAACUUGUAUCACAAGCUGGGCCUCCAUUGGAAGCUCGCUCGGCACCACUGUGAUAACUCGACCAUGCUAGAAUACGUGCUGUUGAUUGAGUUCAUUCCUAAGCUGCCGCUGAACCGGCCCGACUAGCAGGCGGCCGGCGGCCAGCCCGGCACCGCGGCGUGGCCGGCGCACGGCAGGCGAAACUGCGACGCAGCCAGAGACCGUGUUACUGGUGACCGUGUGCCAGCGUCAUGGCGUGACUGAUGACCGUGUGUCAGCGUCAUGGCGUGACUGGUGAUCGUGUGUCAGUCAUGGCGUGACUGAUACCGUGUACCAGCAUCAUGGCGUGACUGGUGAUAGUGUGCCAGCGUCAUGGCGUGACUGAUACCGUGUACCAGCAUCAUGGCGUGACUGAUGACCGUUUGCCAGCGCCACAGCAUGACUGGUGGCCGUGUGCCUGCGUCAUGGCGUGAUUGGCGCCUGGGUGGCCGAGCCGCGGUGUGGGCGGUGCACGCAUGUGGGCGUAGCUGGCCGGCGAGUGCGCCAACCGAGCUUUAAACACAUGUCGGGCGCGGGCGACCGCGCGCGAGGCCUCGUGCGGCACCGGUGAUCGGACUACGGUGCCGUGCUGUGCCGGCCGCCGGCUUACCGGAAAUUCCGCGGAGGGUCGCCGCCGCACGCGCCUUGGAGUUGUAUGUGCUUGCAGUUACCUGGAAGCACACCCGUUGACCUCAUUUCGAUAUGUUUUUUGGGAGCAUACGAGCCAGUUGCCAUGUGAAAACGGGCCGGAGUGUUUUUG